CACCACCACUGAUUAGGCUACAACUCCUCUGCAACUCUCACUUUUUUACUCCCUGGCAGCCGAGGGGAUGUUCCCUGGAAGGAGGUUACACCCCAGCUCAACAUUUUCACCUUGGAGAGUUUAGGAGUCAGGCUGAUAACUUCUUCUCGGAGAGUUUGUGAAUGGGCAGCGUUCCGCGAGGAGACUUUUUUUUUACGCAUCGAGUUGAGUGACGCGCUGCGAGAUGUUUUAAAAACUUUUUUCUUUACAAGUGUCACUUCCAGGUCCUCAUUCUCUGCCCUUUUUUUCUUCAAUGGCAAGGGAGCGUUUUAAGGAGAUUCUGACUGAUCGAGUCUCUUGAGAGAAACUUCGGAGAACUUCUGCGCAGCGAUUAAUUUCGGUUCCCAUCACUUCUUUUUUUUUUUUUUUUUUUUUUUUAAUUAUACCACAUAGUCGAACGACCUCUCUUGACCUUUUUCGGGAUCCUUACUUCCACAACGUCUACUUCCCACCCCGCGGAUUUUCAAUUAACCUCGGUUUGGAAGUAAUUUCAGUGGAUAUCAUGCCUCCGAUGGGGCCGGAGAAGCGGGCUCCGCUAUGCCGGGUUUGGGCUCUGGUUUUGGCGCUGCUGGUGUGCGCCGCUUCGGUGACUGGAUGCCCACACAAGUGCAGCUGCUCCGGGUCGCAUGUGGACUGCCAGGGUCUCGGUUUGAAGACCGUGCCGAAAGGAAUACCGAGGAGUGCCGAGCGCCUGGAUUUGAACAGAAACAACAUCACCAGAGUCACUAAAGUGGACUUCUCUGGCCUCAAGAACCUCAGGAUUCUUCAUCUGGAGGACAAUCAAAUCAGUGUUGUCGAGAGAGGAGCCUUCCAAGACCUCAGACUGCUGGAGAGACUUCGCCUGAACAGAAACAAACUCCACUUCCUCCCAGAGCUUCUCUUCCAGUCCAACCCCAAGCUAGGACGACUGGACCUAAGCGAGAACCAGAUUCAGGCGGUUCCGAGGAAAGCUUUCAGAGGAAUUACAAGUGUCAAAAACCUGCAACUGGACAGCAACCACAUCAGCUGCAUCGAAGAUGGAGCUUUCCGAGCGCUGCGCGAUCUGGAGAUUCUCACCCUCAACAACAACAACAUCACCCUCAUCCCCCUGUCCAGCUUCAACCACAUGCCCAAGCUGCGGACACUACAGCCUUGUAACCGCUGUAACCUGAAUGAUGUUGUUUUGACUGUCCUGUGCAGGGUGUUGUACGGAAACAAGAUCACAGAGCUGCCCAAGGGAUUGUUUGAUGGACUGGUUUCCCUGCAGCUACUGCUGCUGAAUGCCAACAAAAUUAACUGUUUGAGAGUCAACACCUUCCAAGACCUGCAGAACCUCAAUCUGCUGUCGCUGUACGACAACAAACUGCAAACAAUCAGCAAAGGACUGUUCGCCCCUCUGCGCUCCAUCAAGACUCUCCAUCUGGCCCAGAAUCCCUUUAUGUGUGACUGUCACCUGAAGUGGCUGGCGGACUACCUUUUUGACAACCCUAUUGAAACCAGUGGAGCGCGCUGCAGCCACCCCAGAAGGCUGGCUAACAAGCGCAUCAGCCAGGUUAAAGGCAAGAAGUUCAGGUGCACAGGUCAGGAGGACUACCGUAGUCGUCUGAGUAGCGAGUGUUUCCAGGAUCUGGUGUGUCCAGAGAAAUGUCGCUGUGAAGGCACCGUGGUCGACUGCUCCAAUCUCAAACUGACCCGUGUACCUCCACACAUCCCCGAACACACCACGGACCUGCGGUUAAACGACAACGAGAUUGCCGUCCUGGAGGCUACGGGGACGUUUAAGAAGUUGCCUAACUUGAAGAAGAUAAACUUGAGCAACAACAAGCUGAGGGACAUCCGUGACGGUGCCUUUGACGGAGCAGGUGGAGUCUUGGAGCUGCUGCUGACGGGAAACAAGAUAACAGGACUGCAGGGACACAUGUUCAAAGGCCUCAUUGGCCUGAAAACGCUAAUGCUGCGGAGCAACCAGAUCAGCUGCAUUGACAACAGCACAUUCACGGGUCUGAGCUCGGUGCGUCUGCUCUCGCUGUACGACAACAGGAUCUCCAGCAUCGCCCCGGGAGCCUUCUCCACCCUGCACUCCCUGUCUACCAUUAACCUCCUGUCCAACCCGUAUGUGUGUGAUUGUCAUUUGACCUGGCUGGGUCAGUGGCUGAAGAAGACCAGGGUGGUCAGUGGAAACCCUCGCUGUCAGAAGCCAGCCUUCCUGAAGGAGAUCCCCAUCCAGGACGUGGCCACACCAGACUUCACAUGCGACGGUGCUGAGGAUAAUGGUUGCCUUCCUUCGUCUAGUUGUCCUGACAUCUGCACGUGCACAGACGGCGUGGUGCGAUGCAGCAAUAGAGGGCUGCGCUCUCUGCCCAAGGGUAUUCCCAAGGACACCACGGAGCUUUACCUGGAGGGUAAUAUGCUGGCAUCUGUGCCCAAGGAGCUGACAAGCCUGAGGCAGCUGUCAUUGGUGGACCUGAGCAACAACAGCAUCAGCAUCUUGGCCCCCUUCACCUUCAGCAACAUGACUCAACUAGCCACACUCAUCCUGAGUUAUAACCAGAUUCGCUGCAUCCCGGUCCAAGCCUUCGACGGGCUCAAGUCACUUCGCCUGCUCACUCUCCAUGGCAAUGACCUUUCAACCAUACCAGAAGGAGCUUUCAACCACCUCACCGCUCUCUCCCACCUGGCUCUCGGUGCCAACCCCCUCUUCUGUAACUGUGACCUGCGCUGGCUCUCUCAGUGGGUCAAGGCUGGCUUCAAAGAGCCUGGCAUUGCUCGUUGCACUGGGCCUCCUGAUAUGGCCGACAGGCUACUGCUCACCACACCACUCAACAGAUUUCAGUGUAAAGGUCCAGUAGAUAUCAGCCUGAUGUCAAAGUGUGCCCCCUGCCUGGCAGCACCCUGCCAAAACAAUGGUACCUGUGUCACCGAUACGACUGGAUCCUACCACUGCACCUGUCCAUAUGGAUUCAAGGGUCAAAACUGUGAAAUACCCAUCAAUGCCUGUAUUAGUUUUCCCUGCACGAAUGGAGGAACCUGCCACAUUCAGCCUGGCCGUGAAGACCACUUCAGCUGUGUGUGUCCGCCAGGUUUCGAGGGCCAACGUUGUGAGAUGAACCCAGACGACUGUGAAGACAAUGACUGCGAGAACAACUCCACCUGCAUCGACGGAGUCAACAACUACACUUGCGUGUGUCCACCCAACUACACAGGUGACCUGUGUGACGAGAUGAUUGAACCUUGUCUCCAUGGUUUCGACCCCUGUCAGCACGACUCAAAGUGUGUCCACGUCGGCCGCACUUACAGGUGCGAGUGUUUACCGGGCUAUGUGGGCCAACACUGUGAGCAGGACUAUAACGACUGCCUGGAGAAUAAGUGUCAACACGGAGCGGAGUGUGUGGACGCUGUCAACGGCUAUACCUGCGUAUGUAAAGAGGGUUUCAGCGGGCUGUUCUGUGAGAACCCUCCACCAAUGAUCUUGCUGCAGACCAGCCCCUGCGACCAAUCGGACUGCCAGAACGGCGCCCAGUGCCUGGUGGUUGCCGGGGAGCCCGUCUGCCGCUGCAUGCCCGGUUUCUACGGCAACAAAUGUGACAAGAUGGCCACUGUUCACUUCCUGGGUCGGGAUGGAUACGUGGAGCUGCCGGGCGCGAAGCUCCGUCCCACGGCGCAUAUUUCAUUACAGGUGGCUACAGAUAAAGACAACGGUAUUCUGUUGUACAAGGAGGACCACGACCCGCUGGCUCUGGAACUGUACCAGGGACACAUACGACUCAUCUACGACAUCGCCAACUACCCACCCACCACCGUAUAUAGCGUUGAGUCGGUGAAUGACGGGCUCUUCCACGCGGUUGAGCUUUUGAUUCAGAACCGUUCACUGAGCCUGGUGGUGGAUAACGGGGCCCCCAAGAGCCUGGGCAAGCUGGCACGCCAGCCCUCCGUCGACCACAACACCCAACUUUACAUAGGAGGAGUACCAUCUCAGGUGGUGGCCUCAGGUCUGCGACCCGGCCCUGAACGUUCCCCUCAGACUUUUAACGGAUGCAUCCACAAUGUCCGGAUCAACGGGGAGCCUCAAGACCUGAGCUACAGAGCGGCAGGAGGAGCACGACUGCAAGGCGUCGAGGGCAAGGCCGAGGGCAUUCUCGCGGGGUGUCAUUCCUGCAGUGUGUGCGCUCAGGGUGCGUGCAGGGAGGGCGGAGAGACGGGGGUAACGUGCGAUUGUCCUCCGGGACGCAGCGGGGCCCUUUGUGACCAGACGACAGUACCGAGCGCCUGUCAGAACAGCAGAUGCGUUCAUGGUCUGUGUGUGCCGAAGGGUCAGUCCUACAGUUGCCAGUGCAUUGAAGGCUACCAGGGUCAGUACUGUGAACGACGGCAGGAGCCUCCAGCCUGCAGGGGGCAGCGCUGCGGACACGGGGAGUGUCACGUGUCAGAGGCAGGAGAGCCCGUAUGCCACUGUCAACCGGGGUACGCCGGGCCUACCUGUGACACAGAGCUUACAUGUCAAGGAGAGAUGGUGAGGGAGGUGCUUAAGCGCCACCACCCGAUGAAAACAUGCACGUCCACCACCAAGAUUCCUCGGAUGGAUUGUCCCCGAUCCUGCCAGGUGGCAGCACCCCAAGGUGUUUGCUGCGGCGUCACCAAGACCAGGAGGAGGAAGGCGGUUUUCCGCUGCAGCGACGGCACCUCGUACUCCGAGGAGAUGGAAACUGCUCUGGAGUGCGGCUGCUCCAAGUGCCCGUUGUAACAGCACCGUUUGUUAGUUUGUUUUGCAACACCCACCGCUGCCAUUUUGUGAAUUCUACACGUCUACGAGGCUGUCGCUCUGAGAUGUUUUCCACAUCGAUGAGCACCAUCAUUAUGUGAUUGUUUUUUUUUUUUUACACAUUCAGUUUGACCGCUGCCAAUUUGCCGCCGAGAGAAACCACAAACGGAAAACAAAAAUGGGACAUGUGUGUGUGUGUGUGUUUUUUGACAGAGAGAAAAUAUAUUGUAAGAUAUAAGUAAGAAAAAAAAACAUAG